CCCUCCUCCUCCUCCCACUUCCCCCCUCAAGGCAAGAUCUGUCACUCUUCACUCAUCUGCCUGGAGGACGAUCAGAAAGUAUGUUAAAUGCGCUCGGAAGCACACAGGAGUGUGUUGUGGAGGCUUUCGGAGAGGUUUCCGGUCAGCUCGGCUCACUGGGGGUAGAGAGAGACGGAGAGCGAGGUUUCAACAGUUGACGCGGAGAGAACUGUGACUGAGCGCAGGGGGAAGAAGAGGAGGAGAAGAAGAAGCGAUUAAUUCUGAGCAAAUCUCUCUUAUUUUUUUUUUUCUCUCGCUCUCAUCACAGUGACUUGCGGGUGAAGGAAGAGGAGAGCUGUGCGACUGAAGGAUGCGAGGGGUCCAAUUGGACUGGAUUAUUAUGGGAUUACUGGACUGAUUAUAGGGACGAUCGCAAAAAAAAUUGGCUGAUGCUUUUGAAUGACGGGAACACAAAAGGCUGGACAGGAGAGGAUCAGGCUCCGUAGUGUCUCCCCCGCUCGCUUUUUAUUCCACUUUUGUGCGGCAUGGAGAGAGGCUGGAUGUGCAGCACGGACGGAUGCAACAGUGUGCCGCACAGGGAGGGGGGGAGAAAAGUCCAUGUGUUGUGAAUGGUAACAAUCAGGAGGGGGGGAGCAAUGCUGCAUUUUGAAUGGCCGUGUCAGUGUUUGCUGUAGCCUAGGUGUUGAUGUCGCAAAUGAGGGCAAUGCGCUUUUUGUAAGCCACAUGGUAUAACCUUCACAUCCAGACUCUAAACGCUUUAACCUUGGAUGCGGUUGGGAAUAUUAAUACUUUAUAGUCAUGGAUAAUUCAUUAAGUCCCUCUGUUAUUUAAAAAAACACACACACACAAAAAGCAAAGCAUUACUUGUAUAGGAUGCUGAAUUUGAUAUUUUAUUCAUACAUCUGGUGUCGUCUUGCGGUCAUCUUUGUUUACAGAGAKAGUUCAUCACAGCCACACGGCAUGAAAAAAAGAGGUUAGGAUACAAAUUAAAAUCGAAAACAACCUUCAUGAAUCAGUUUAAUACGUUAUUAGUGUGAGAUCGGAGUAAACCUCAUGCCUGCUGUGGGUUUAGUUCUCUAGUUUUGCCAUAAUCAACAGGUUGAAAGUCAAGAGGAUUUUUCUCCCCCUUCUCUUUUCUACCACUGCUGCAAAUCUAGUUGAAGGGAUGCGUCUCUCUGUACCCAUUUUCUUUCUUCUCUGGGUUAAAGCCCUGACAUUGAAAAAUUUGAAUUAUUCUGUUCCGGAGGAGCAAGGACCUGGAACUGUUAUCGGGAAUAUUGCGAAAGACGCUGGCUAUGGGGUGAUGGAGAGAGGGAAGAAAUCAAACUUCAGAGUGCUGGAGAAUUCUGCACCACAUCUGGUGGAUGUUGACCCUGAGAGUGGACUAAUUUUCACCAAACAAAGGAUUGACAGGGAAACGUUGUGCAGACGAAACCCAAAGUGCCAGCUCUCCAUGGAGGUGUUUGCCAAUGACAAGGAGAUUUGUAUGAUCAAGAUUGACAUUCAGGACAUAAACGACAACUCACCCAGUUUCCCUUCAGAUCAUGUGAAUAUUGAUAUUUCAGAAAAUGCAGCUGCAGGGACACGUUUCCCUCUGACUAUUGCACAUGACUCAGAUUCUGGGGAAAAUGGGAUAAAAACGUAUCAGGUGACAAGAGAUGAUUACAAUACCUUCUCUUUGGAUUUAAAAGUGAGGGGUGAUGGAACUAUAUACCCAGAGCUAGUGGUUCAGAGACCUCUGGAUAGAGAGGAUCAGAGCCAUCACACCCUGCUUCUCACUGCAAUCGAUGGUGGGGAGUAUCCGAGAUCAGGCUCAAUGCAGAUCAACGUCAGAGUGACUGAUUCGAAUGACAAUAGCCCCGUUUUUGAAAAAUCCUCCUAUGUGCUGGAGAUUCCUGAGAAUUCACCUCCUGGAAAAGUUCUUAUAGACCUGAAUGCUACCGACCAAGAUGAGGGAAGUAACGGGCAGGUGGUCUAUUCGUUUACUGGAUAUGCAUCUGAACGAAUACAAGAUUUGUUCUCCAUAGAUCCAAAUACUGGCGUCAUCAAGGUCCAGGGAGAAAUAGACUUUGAGGAGAAUCCAAUCAUUGAGUUUGAUGUGCAGGCAAAAGAUCUUGGGCCCAAUCCGAUACCAGGGCACUGCAAAAUUACUGUCAAAGUGCUCGACAAGAAUGAUAACUUGCCAAUAAUAAGUUUUGUGUCCGUCCGGCAGGGAGCCAUCAGUGAGGCAGCUCCUCCAGAGUCUGUCAUAGCUCUGGUCAGAGUGACGGAUAAGGACUCAGGCCGUAACGGUCAGCUUCAGUGCCGGGUGCUGGGAAAUGUCCCCUUCAGGCUGCAGGAAAACAAUGAUAAUUUUUACACUCUGCUCACAGAUAGACCUCUGGACAGAGAGACAAAAGACGAAUACAAUGUAACAAUUGUUGCAAGAGAUAAUGGAAUCCCUUCUCUGAACAACACAAGGUCUUUUACUGUGAAAAUCUUAGAUGAGAAUGACAAUGCUCCUCGUUUUACAAAGACAUUGUAUGCUUUGCAGGUGCCUGAAAAUAAUAUCCCAGGGGAGUACCUGGGCUCAGUUUUGGCCCACGAUCCAGAUGUGGGUCGAAAUGGAACAGUGUCAUACUCCAUACUGCCAUCCCACAUAGGAGAUGUCUCAGUGUACACCUAUGUGUCUGUUAAUCCCACCAAUGGGGCCAUUUAUGCCUCACGCUCUUUUAAUUAUGAGCAAACAAAAUCCUUUGAGUUCAAAGUUCAGGCUAAAGAUGGCGGCUCCCCACACAUGGAGAGCACCUCUAGUGUCAGGGUCAAUAUUCUCGAUGUCAAUGACAAUCUUCCAGUUAUCAUUUUACCUCUGUUGCAAAAUGAUACAGCUGAAAUCCCAGUGCCUAGAAAUGUGGGUAUUGGGUACAUCGUCACUACAGUGAAAGCAGUGGACCAUGACCAUGGCGAAAGUGGUCAUUUAACCUACGAGAUCACAGAGGGGAACGACGACCACCUGUUUGAGAUGGAUCCAGUGGGAGGAGAGGUCAGAAUCGCCCAUGCUCUUUGGGAGGAGAUUGCCCCAGUGGUUGAGCUGGUGGUGAAGGUAACUGACCAUGGCAAGCCUCCCUUAUCUGCUGUGGCUAAGCUGAUCAUUAAGGCAAACACGGAAGCAGCAGCAGGAGGGGGUUCCAGCACGAGCGGGGAACAGCAGCACUGGGAUGUGUCCCUGCCCCUCAUAGUUACCCUCUGCAUUAUCUCUGUCAUGCUCUUGGCCGUCAUGACCGCCAUCGCUGUCAAGUCCAAGCAUCAAGAUAAGGAGACUGGGAAUUAUAACUGUCGCAUGGCUGAGUACUCCAAUCCACCAGUGGGAAAGGGAAAAAAGAAAAGGAUCAACAAGAGUGACAUCAUGCUGGUGCAGAGUGAGAUGGAGGAAAGAGAUUCUGCGAGCCGGAUGAACGUGGUGAGCAGCCCGUCACUGAUCACCUCACCAAUAUGUUUUGACUACCAAAGCCCCCUACCGCUCACGCUGCCGAGGUCAGAGGUCAUGUACUUGAAAACCACCCCAAACAGCCUGACUGUGCCUAGGUCAGGGUGCCACUCCAGCUUCGCAGGGCUCAGCUCAGACACUCCAGCGAAUAGGAUGUCAGUGAUACAGACGGAAAAUUUUUCCUCUGAGCCCAAUUAUUCCAGCAGCAGGCAGCCAUUUGUUCAAAGCUCAACAUUUAAGGAUGCAGAACGAGCGAGCCUGAGAGACAGUGGCCAUGGUGAUAGUGACCAGGCUGAUAGUGACCAGGAUACUAAUAAAGGCUCACACUGCGACACAUCUGCCAGGGAGGCCCUCAAGAUGAAAGCGGCAGCAGUUAAUGGCCAGCCUUUUGAGAAGGAGCAAGACAAAUCAGUCCACUGCACCGAUGAAUGUCGUGCACUGGGACAUUCUGACAGAUGCUGGAUGCCAAAGUUACGGGUAGGAAGCCAAGCAGACAGCGCAGAUAAUCGCACCAACCUUUUCAUCCCUGUGGGAAUGGAUGCCAUGGUAGAGACAGAGAUUUAUGGCACCAUCAGCUGCAACAGCAGAAAAACCCUCACCACGUUUGGAAAAGAACAGCGGGACAGUACUAUCCUCGUGGCCAAUGUCAAACCUUACUUAAAAUCGCAGCGUGCACUAAGUCCACCGCUACAAGAGAGCCCAUCUGCGUCUAGCAGUCCCACCAAGAGCAGCGCGCCCCUGGACUUGGCCAACCAAGAGUCCAAAGAAGAGAGGGACGGGGCGUCAGACAGCAGUGCCUACGGCCCUCCAGAUGGCCAGUGCUCCCCGCUGCACACUGAGCUGGAGGAGUCCUCCUACCUGACCUGUGAGCUCAGGCCCAAAUCCCUGUCAAGCAGUCUCAUUCACAGCUCUGUCAUCAGUCAGGAGUGCGGGGGGUCGGAUUGUGCUCUCGACCCGAGGGACUCCGGUAACUGACAGUUGAGGCGAUCGCGCUCGCAGUCGCCUGCCAAGCAUCUGAUGAUGAUGAUGAUACCCACGAUUGAUGACCAAGAGUUGAUUUAUUUUGGCCCCCUGGUGGUGUGUGAACACGCAUUGUAUAACCAAAAACCAUCCGCUUUCUAUGUUUUCUUUUACGUUCGUUUGUUCCGUUCUGUUUUUUAGUUUGUGACUUGUUGUGUUUAGGUGAAAUAUGUGUCCUUGACUGCUGUGAGGGAUUC